UUGGGUAAUUUGUGCCAUCGUUAAAGCAGGUUAAGAAAAGAUGAAGCUGCUUGUUUGUUGUCUCCUAGCCAUCACCUGUUGUGUUUUGGCGAAUGUCGACAAGGUCAAGAGAACAAUGAAGCUGACUGAAGUACUAAAGGAGUUAAGAGAACUAAACAAAAGUGUGGCGCACAACGGCAUGAUGUUGAAUACUCCUACCCUGGAUAUAGAGGAAUGCUGUUUCCUAUCUGCCUUGGAGUGCUUCCGGAAGAUGGUACCUAGUCUCAAGGCCAAACAAAAGAAAUUGCAGCGCAAAGUUAUCAAAAACCUCAGCCCACUGACUUUUGGAGGUGUGGACUCCUGCAGUCGGGAGGAGAGAGAGAACAAAGUCUGCCAAGGAUGUGAUUCCUACCCAAUGAAGGACAGCAGGGAAUUUGUUAAAAAGUUGGAAUCUCUUCUUCAAAAGCCCCAACCAUGCAACAGGAGCCACACCAAGGCCUCCUGUGUACACCCAGAAUGGAGCAUUGGCUGCCACUCCGGUCCCCUGCAGCAGCUCCACUCCUUUGGAGGGAGCUUCACCCGGGUGGACUGA